GAGACUUGGUAUUUGGGAAGGGCCCACCUAAUGAGGCGGAGUGUGAGAGGGCUAGAGGCCAGUGAUUGAUGACGCCGUCAACCUCUACGGAUCACUAUUUCUCUCGCCUCAAAAAAACCUUCAUAUCUCUGUCUCCGCCUGAAUCUGUACAUAAUAGCAUAAUAAUUCUUUUUUUCUAUUUUUUUUAAAUAAAAUAAUUUGGUUUUUGAAGCUGAAGGUCUCAAAAGCGAAGACUGGCACUCCUUAAAGUUUCACGAUGGACAACUGCAGCCUAAUAGGCACAAAAUUCCCCUUUUAUCCAGGAGGCGUCACACCUGGGUGAACCCAGCCGCUGCCCAUCGACCCGGUGGUUCCCAUGAUAGACGUCCUCUCAGCCCAAUGGCUUCCCUCCCUGUAGGCGGAUCUCCCAUAGCGGACCUAUCGGAGCCUGUGUCCGCUCAGCCAAUAGGGUCGCGGCAGGGGGCGUGGCGGGAGGUUUGAAACUCAGCUUCGGGAGUUGAGGCUUCAGCUGCCGUGCACCGAAGUGGAGUUGGGGUCCGGCAUACCCUCCUCGCCCCGGGCCGGGCCCUGCCCCACCCUCCUCCUCCGGAUUGAGAUGGGCUCAGCCAAGAGCGUUCCAGUCACUCCGGCGCGGCCUCCGCCGCACAACAAGCUUCUGGCUCGAGUGGCUGACCCGCGUUCACCUAGUGCCGGCAUCCUGCGCACUCCCAUCCAGGUGGAGAGCUCUCCACAGCCAAACCUAGCAGCGGGGGAGCACCUGGAGGAUGCUAAUCAGGCCCAGGACUCGGAUCCCCGCUCUCCAACCCUUGGCAUUGCACGGACACCUAUGAAGACCAGCAGCGGAGAGCUCACAACCCCGCUGGUGAAAGAGCUGAGUGAAGAAUUUGAGACAGAAGCCCCCAAAUCAAAUCUGCCCCCAGAGCCUGUUCUGCCCCUAGAGGUACCUUCAUCUUCCAACUUGGACUUGCCUCUGGGCACCCAGUGUUCCCUGGAGGACCAGAUGCCUCAUGGGAGCCAGACUGAGCUCCCCUCCAAGCAGGUGUUUUCCGAGGAAGAAACAGGACAGCCCUCAGAAACGCUUAGGACCAGCCACGGCUCAGACAAGCCCAUGAGAGACCCUGAGACGCCUAGACCUUCAGGUUCUAAGCGAAAUAGACGGAAACCAAGGGGCAAGGCACUAGGGAGAUCUCCCCUCACCAUCCUGCAGGAUGACAACUCCCCUGGGACUCGGACACUACGACAGGGUAAGCGGCCUUCUCCCCUGAGUGAAAAUGUUAGGGAACUAAAGGAAGGGGCCAUUCUGGGAACUGGACGACUUCUGAGAACCGGAGGCCAAGCGUGGGAGCAAGGUCAAGACCACGACAAGGAAAACCAGCACUUUGCCUUGGUAGAGAACUAGGCCCUGGGUGGCCCCCCUGGGUUCACCAGGGUCUAGUGAUAUUCCGAGUCCUCCCGCCCCUUCUUUCCCUGGGAGACUGGAAAGACUCAUUUUCUUCGACUCCCCCUAAACUACCAGCUCAGGAACUGAUAGCGUUCUUGGGCUUUCUUUGUGUAUUAUGUGUUUCUUGUAUAUUAAAGGAAGUGAUUUUAAGUGA